UUUGUCUGGAUUGCCUGUUCCCAUAGACUGACCUUUUAUCACUUAGCUUUGUUCUUAAGAUUGAUUUAAAAUGUAAAAUAAAAGGAAGAAGCCUGGGUGGGUGGGACGUCCAAUCUAAACCCAGCCCAGUGAUCACAUUAUCUGGGCUCUGAUUAGGUUAGGACGUUGCCCAGGUAUAAAGCCAGGAUCUUUGGGCCCUGGUUUCAUUUGGAGUUCAGCCACCAAGAGGAAACCUUCCUCUGAGUCCUGGAGUAUUUGGCCCGGAAUUAGGAAUUUGCGAGUUGCUGCUCCAGGGCGCUCCCUGCGGAGAAUUGGCGGCCCGCCUCUCAGCCGAUCUUUUCCCGGCGUCCCCACGCGGGGCGCAACCGCUAGAGAGGAACGUCGGUCUCACCGCCCGCGCCCAGGGCAGCGCCAGUUCCCCGGCCCAGGCCGCUCCAGGAGCCAUGAGCUGCGGUCGCCCCCCUCCCGACGUGGACGGCAUGAUCACCCUGAAGGUGGACAACCUGACCUACCGCACCUCUCCCGACAGCCUGAGGCGAGUGUUCGAGAAAUACGGGCGCGUGGGCGACGUGUAUAUCCCGCGGGAGCCGCACACCAAGGCGCCCCGGGGCUUCGCCUUCGUCCGCUUCCACGACCAGCGCGAUGCGGAAGACGCCGAGGCCGCCAUGGACGGGGCGGAGCUGGACGGACGCGAGCUGCGGGUGCAGGUGGCGCGCUAUGGCCGCCGGGACCUGCCUCGCAGCCGCCAUGGAGCGCCACGCAGCAGGGCCGGGGGCGGCGGCUACGGGCGGCGGAGCCGCAGCCCCAGGCGGCGACACCGCAGCCGAUCCCGGGGUCCGAGCUGCUCCAGGUCCCGCAGCCGAUCUCGCCAUAAGGGGUCUCGCUAUAGCCGGUCUCCCUACAGCCGAUCUCCUCACAGCCGGUCGCAUUACAGCCGCUCUCCCUACAGACGAUCUCGCUAUAGCCGAUCUCCUUACAGCCGAUCUCGCUACAGCCGAUCUCGCUACAGGGAAUCUCGCUACAGCGGAUCUCGCUACAGCUCAUCUGGUUACAGUCGCUCUCGCUGCAGCCGCUCUCGCUACGGCCGAUAUCACAGCAGCCGGUCUCACUCGAAGUCUGGGUCCUCCACUGGCUCUCGCUCUGCAUCAACCUCCAAAUCGCGCUCUGCGCGACGAUCCAAGUCCUCCUCGGCCUCCAGGUCUCGCUCACGGUCCAGGUCUUCAUCCAUGACUGGGAGUCCUCCCCGGGUAUCCAAGAGGAAAUCCAAGUCCAGGUCUCGAUCCAAGAGGGCCCCCAAGUCUCCUGAAGAGGAAGGACAGGUGUCCUCUUAAGAAAAUGAUGCAACAGCAAGCAACGUAAUGGAGGACUUGGGGAAAAGGAUCACAUACUCAGUCCCUGAAAGCAGAGUCCCUGGAAGAAGGGACUGCCUAUUGAAAAGAGAACUCCCUGCAAGACUGCAUGUGAAGAUUGGAAGAGGAUAGCAGUGUGGCAAGAGCAGGCCUGCUGGGGAGUGUAAGUAACCUGUUUAUGUGAUUUACUUUGUCUUCAGAACAUGUUCCGUCUUGGUCAUUUCAGUCUUAUUUCUGCUUGACGGUAGAGAGCUGGCAGGUGUGACUCACUUUGUGGCUCGUUGGGUCAGUCAUCACCCAGCUCAUGAUGGGAGGCUUAGGUCAUAUGCUCACCUAUGGUCAUGUUUUUGGUCUCUGCCAGGGCCCAAGAGCAAGUGAAGAGGUUCCAAUGAAUAACUGUCAUUUACUCAAGAGGAGAAUCAUCUAUGAAAUACAGCAUGGAUUUGCUUCAGAGACCCAGAACAGUGGUUUUCAAACUAAAUGUACCUUUGAAUCCUGUGGGGAUCAUGUUAAAAUGCAGAUUUCAAUUCAGUAAGUUUUAUCUGGGGCCUGAGAUUCUGCAUGUUUAAUAAAAUCCCAGUUAUUGUCAGUGCUGCAGGUCAUGGACCAUUCUUUAGCAAGGAUGUAGAAAACUCCGUUGUGAUUCUCCUGUGGCAGCUUGACAUGAAACAUCAGCGUUUCUCAAAGUGUUGUUAGCUCCUUGCAACAGAAUUGGUAUCACCUGGGAAUGUGUUAGAACAUUCCAGAAUUGGUGAGGCCAAUUCUAGGGCCUCACUUCCCAGACAUACAGAAUUAGAAUAUCUAGGAUAAGACCCAGCAAUCUGUUUUAAUUAGCCCACCAGGUGAUUCUAAUGUGCACUAAAAUUUGAAAACCACUGUUCUCCAUAGGUUGCUGGUUCUCAACCAAUUAAAUCAGUAUCUCUGGAAGUGGGACGUAGGCAUCAACACUAUUUUUAAGUUUCCAAGGUGGGCGUGGUAGUGCAUGCCUGUAUUCCUAGCUACUCAAGAGGCUGAGAUGGGAGGAUCCCUGGAGUCCAGGAGUUUGAGGUUGUAGUGAGCUAUGAUUGUGCCACUGCACUUCAGCCUGAGGAAAAGAGCAAGACCCUAUUUCUAAAACACAAACAAAUAAAAAGUUUAUAAGUGCAAUGGAAUCAGGUGAUUCCACUGUGCAGUCAAGAGCAACCUGAUCUGUCAGAAGCUUUGGGCAUAAUUGGGGCUGCUGGGUUUUAAGGAAAAUGUGGCAAAGUUGCUUUUCCUACAGUAUUAGCUUGGUGGAAAGUGUUUUUCUCUCUCUGGUCCCAUGCAGAACAGGCAGCCUUUGGUUCACCUCGUAAAUGGUAUGUACUACCUCCAAAUUCCCAAGAGGUCCACGAAGCUUUCUGUCUCCAUCUUAGUAUUUGAAGGUUUAGGAUUCCUCGGUUUAUCCUUCAGUUUGAAGGUGAUAGCCUAAUGUAGCCUACACUAUUAGGCUUAAAACAACUUCACUGAGUUACAAGAACUUGCAUUCCAAUCAUAUUUCUCUUUCAUCUUCUGGUAGAUAUGUUUUACCAAGUCACCUAGAAUAUUUGCUACUUUCUGUUCUCCUGGUUCUAUCAGAAUAAUAUUAUCAAUAAAAUAAACCAGUAUUCUAUGUGAUGAUGAGUUGGUAAAGGAUCCCAGCUGACUAGAUGGUAGCUCAGAGUCAUAAAUAAACUUGAUGUUAGAUGGUUAGGGUAUUUUUUUGUCCUUUUGAGGUUUUUGUUGUUCUCUGUGUAUUAAUAUAGGGAAAUGAGCAUUAACAAAUAAAUAGGUCCACCCAGAUUUAAACGGUUCUGUAGUCUCCAGGAGCAGAGUGUUGUGCUGAGAAGGAUUAGGUUUGACGUCAAGCAGGUGUAGGUUCAAAUCCUAGCUCUGUCACUCACCACAAGUUAUGGAAACUUAAGCAAAUUAACUUACUCUCUAUAAGCCUCGGAUUACUCAUCUCCAAAAUGGGAAUAAUAUGCCCACUUCACAGAUAGCUGUAAGGACCAUAUAAGCUAAUCCAUGCAAAUCAUGUUCUAACAGUGCCUACUACAUACUGAAGGCUCAAUUAAUAGUAAUCAUUAGUUUCUGUUGAUUGCCUAUUAAGAGACCACCUGGAAAUAUAGGUUCCGCAUGGCCUUUACAAAAGUCUGGGUCAGAAUAAGGAAGAGUUUAGGUGAGCAACCUUAGGAGAAUAAAAAUAGAGGGACAAGUCCAAAGAGUUGUCUUAGCCCAUCUUCUAGGUCCACUAUCUUAGUUCAUUUUCUGUCACUUAUUGCAGAACACCUGAAACUGGGUAAUUUAUAAAGAAAAGGAAUUUAUUUCUUACAUUUAUGCAGACAGAGAAGUAGGAGGUUAAGGGACUGCAUCUUGUGAGGGUCUUCUGCUGGUGGGGACUCUGUGCAGAGUCAGUGCAGGGAAUCACAUGAUGAGGGGGCUGAGUGCAUUAGCUCAGGUCUUUUUUUUCUUCUUACACAGCCACCAACCCACUCUCAUAAUAGCUCACUAAUCCGUCAACCCAUUCAUCCAUUAAUCUACCAAUCAACUAUCCAUUCAUGAGGACAGAGCUGUUACUAAUCAACACUUCCUAAAGGCCUCACCUCUCAAUACUAUCGCCUUGAAAAUUAUAUUUCAACGUGAGUUUUGGAGGGGAAAAUAUUCAAACCAUAACAAGGAUCUAUAAUUACCAUCUGAGAUGGGAGUGGAAAAUUAGUCUAAUGACAUUCAGACGAGAGCUUUGUAAGGCACUAAAACUGUGUGUGUGUCUGUGUAAGUGUGUAAGAAUGUGUGUGUACUGACUUCUGCUUCCCUGCAGCAAUAAGGAGUGAAGCCUUUGUUCUCUGUUUGGAGUAGCAAGGAAGUAGGCAGAGAGGGAGAUUUUAACUCCCUCUGUCACCAGGAUGGAAACUGAAGAAUAGGGUGGGUGAACCUAGAAAGAGGCGAAGAAGGUGGGCUGAGUCCCAGCCAUGUACUACAGAGAAGAAAGGAGACUUGAGGAAGCCUGCUUGGGUCUAGAGGGACCUGGGGAACUUAGUUACAACAAAGGCUCUGUGCUAUUCCUCACUGGGUGCUGGAAAGGACGUUCAGAAAGGGAUUUCUCUUUUCACAGCACAACCAGAACUAUGGAGUGAGGUUCUGGAUGUUGGGGGAAAUGUCCACUAACUGGUAGGGCACUGUGUGGGAGAAUCUCCACCCACCUCCUAUUAGGCCUCCUGAUGUAAGAUGGGCCUCAGGUUAGUGGGUUAGACAAUGUCUCUGGGGGCUGGAGUCUUGCCACUGGCCAAAGAAGACAAUCAGUCCCUUAGGUGGUGUUCAAAGGGUAGAGAAAACUCUGUUGUAACUGGAGUUACAGAAAUCUUUUGCAACAUCUAAGAUGAAAAGUUAAAAAAGUUUAAAUAACUGUAGUGGAGGGCCCUAUGAAAAGAGUUUAUGCUACUGAACUAGAUUCUCAGAUUGGCUGCCACAAAACAGAAGUGUUGAGAUGAACCUAAAGGCCUAGUCCUGAAAGCAUGUGGCUUUCUACUCCGAGUUCUCCCACUGCUUUCCUCUCUGUUCCUUUGCAUUUCUGCGUCUUCCUGCCACUUCAGUGCCCCCAUCAAUAAAUGGGGGGUCAAGAAGCCUGUGCCAAAAUGGUGACUGUGAUGAACCAAGCUAGAUUUCCCUGGGCCCAAGCCACUCCAUAUAUUGGCACCUGGCUGUGCAGCAAGCUUCCCUGGCAUGGCUCCAGAGCUGCAGAGGGUUUUCUUCCUCGCUUUCAAAGAGAGGGUGACUCCCAGGAACGUCUGCCUCUGUUUGUCCAUCACAAAUGACCUUGCAUCCUUGGUGUGAGAAAUUCUAGGAAGGCAAUACCUCAGGGUAGUAGUAAUGAUUCUCUGUUAAUUAUUCCUUCUGUCACCUGUCACCUCCCUCACAGCCCCUCAUUUUUCUUUUAAUUGUGAAAUAAAUAAAUGAUGAUGCUGUU